GUGUGGCUGCUGUUUGAGUACCCUGAGAGCAGUGGUCCGGCGCGGGGGACAGCCAUCGUCUCCGUCCUCGUCAUCCUCAUCUCCAUCGUUAUCUUCUGCCUGGAGACGUUACCGGAGUUCAGGGACGUUCAAAAGGAGCCCGUCCCCGUGGCUCCCGUUAUUAACGGCACCGAGCCGUACUUCUCCUCUCCGUUCUCUGACCCGUUCUUUGUGGUGGAGACGCUGUGCAUCAUCUGGUUCUCCUUCGAGCUCCUGGUCCGGUUCUUCGCCUGUCCCUCCAAGGCCACGUUCUCUAGGAACAUCAUGAACAUCAUAGAUAUCGUGGCCAUAAUACCGUAUUUUAUAACACCUGGCACGGAGCUGGCAGAGCAGCAGGGGAACGGGCAGCAAGCCAUGUCCCUGGCCAUCCUCAGGGUCAUCCGGCUGGUCAGGGUGUUCAGGAUCUUCAAGCUGUCCAGACAUUCCAAGGGGCUCCAGAUCCUGGGCCAGACCCUGAAGGCCAGCAUGCGGGAGCUGGGCCUCCUCAUCUUCUUCCUCUUCAUCGGAGUCAUCCUCUUCUCCAGCGCUGUUUACUUUGCAGAGGCCGACGACCCAGAUUCCGGCUUCAGCUCCAUCCCAGACGCCUUCUGGUGCGCCGUGGUCACCAUGACUACCGUUGGCUAUGGCGACAUGCACCCAAUAACCAUCGGCGGGAAGAUCGUCGGAUCGCUCUGCGCCAUCGCUGGCGUGCUGACCAUCGCCCUGCCCGUCCCCGUCAUCGUGUCCAACUUCAACUACUUCUACCAUCGGGAGACGGAGGGGGAGGAGCAGACGCAGUACCUCCACGUGGGAAGCUGUCAGCCGCUGGCGGCCGAGACGGAGGAGGAUGGGGGGAUGAGGAAGAAGAGCAGCUCUUCAUCGCUCAGUAAGAAUGAGUACAUGGUGAUAGAGGAACACAGAGCACUGAAUAGCAGCACCUUCAAAGAGCAGCAGAACUUCUCCACGACAACCAUUGCUACCAUGACAACCAUGACACAAAACAACACAGCGAACAGCAUCAGCAUUAGCAAGAAGAUUUUCACGGAUGUCUAG